AUGGCGAGGAGGUUAGUUUUGAAGGUGUAUGUAUCUGCGAAGCACAUGACGGCGAAUGUGGUGGAUUGGAACCAUAAGAGGGUGCUGGCGAGUGCAUCCACGGUCGAGAAAUCCAUAUGCGACGCGUUCGAGUUGGGGAAGAAUUGCGACAAGAAGGCGGCGGGAUCUGUGGGUGAGGUGUUGGCGAUGAGGCUGAAGACGGAGGAGCCGGAGAUUGGAGGUGAAGGUGGCCUUUACAUGGAUCUUGACAAGGAGAUUGAGAACAAGAGUUUCGAUACUGGACCUGAGGUUUGGGCUGUUGUCGAUGCUUUGAGGAGAAGAGGCGUUAAGGUCUUCGUCGACAAUGAGGAAAGCGUAGUAAGGUCAAAAUCGUAA